CAAAACACUGGACAUGUGCAGAGUAACGAAGUCACAACCUAAAACCAACGCCCACAUUGUCCCUGUACAAAAUGUAUUGUGCUUUUUCUCUGCAGGUCUUCCUCCUCAUCUCCAAGAUGACUCCCCUCAGGCGUUUGCGGACCCUCUUUCGUCUGUAUGAUACUCAUGUUGGCAAUGUAACAUCCGUGCAGCACUUUGCAGGACUACAGAACCGCAUAAUUUCUUCAUCUUCCAAAAAAAGAUUUGCAUUUCUUUCCCGGACAUUUUCAAACUUGUCAUCCAAAGAUGGAAAUCUGGAUGGAGCUGUUGACCGUUUCGGUGGAGUGACAGUUGACCUUGGACAGCUGUCAUCCAGUCUUAAGGCUGAGGAUUUUCAAGAUAUUCUCUCAACAUCUCUUCAGUCGUGGCAAGAUUCUGGUAAAAGAGGCAUCUGGUUGAAAGUCCCCAUCAUGUCCAGUCAUUUCAUCCCAGUGGCAGCUACUGAGGGCUUUACAUUUCAUCACGCCGAUCCUAAUCACUCCAUACUUACCAAGUGGCUUGAUACAUCGUCUCCCAACAAGCUGCCUAAACCAGCUAGUCACCAGGUUGGCUGUGCAGGGUUUGUGUUUCGGGAAGAUACCAAAGAAGUUCUGGUUGUAAAGGAGAAAAAUAGAAGGAUGGUCAUGUGGAAAUUCCCUGGCGGGGUGUCAGAUCUUGGUGAAAAUAUUGGUGAUACAGCAGAGAGAGAAGUCUUCGAAGAAACGGGUGUCAAAGCAGAAUUCCAGUCCGUUCUCGGAUUCCGUCAGCAACACUUACAACCUGGCGCUUUCGGACGUUCAGACUUUUACUUCGUGUGCCGACUGCGGCCAUUGACCUUUGACCUUAUUCCCUGUCGGGAUGAGAUAAGCGCAUGCCGAUGGAUGCCGAUUGCUGAAUUAGACUCGGAUAGGGAAAUCAGCGGAAUAACGCGUCGAAUAACACGUCUAGUCAUGCUUGGAAUGGAACGAGGUUUCGAUAACGUUGAAAUGGAACGUGAUAAGCUUCAAUCCAUACAUAAAGGAUUAGAUUAUCAAAUUUAUCAUCGCCACAUACCCUGCGAGAAAAGAUGAUAAACUGGUAGUGAUACGUACAUAUUUUGUUUUUGAUAGGGGUGUUUUGAUUUGUCUUGUGUGUGGCCGUGUUUCGAUAGUCAUGAGACAUUGGAGAUACAAUAUGGCCUCUUUGCCAUUUUGGAUUUUCAGAUUCCAUUCAGACUUGACUUUUAGAUAGAAAUAUAUAGACUUUUAUUUUGCCUGUGAUUUUAUGUAUUCUGUAUACUCAAUCAAUGUAAGUGUCCUUGCAACUCAGGAAUAAAGUU